GCAAAGGCUAAUGAUAAGUUUCACACUGACUUUUAUUGUGGCUCUUUAGCUUCCAGACAAGUUACUCCUCUUUGAUUUGUUUAGUCUCUCCAUCAAUAAAAACAUUAGUGAUCACUCUUACGGCUUUAGUCUUUGAUUCCUGAUCUUCCUUGUAACUUCCUAAUCCGUGUUUUAUGCAAAUUCUUCAAGAGAAUAAUAUUUUACUGAAAAAAUAGAGUUUGUCUAAUAUUUUAAGACCUAGGAGACCGUGUUUACCUCACUCUCUUCCGCCCUAGUUCGUUUCUCUCCCAGGCACGGAGUCCGAGGCAGCCGCUCAACAAGCUUUCUCCACCAGAAUGAAGAUCUCAAUCCGGCAUAGCUCCUCCUAAGCUCGAGAAUCUCUUCCGCUGCCGUCGACGUCCACACCAUCCCAAAGGUUUCUUCUUCAUCUCCUCCAAUGGAUCUCCCUGUAGCUGGUUCAUCUCCUUCUCCUUGCUUGCCCCCUGAACCACCAGAUGCAGAGCUUUACGUUAGGCUUCCGGUGGAUCCGCCAGACCCUCCAGUCCCCCCCCCCGACCCUCCACCGACUCUCUGGGCCAAUGCUUUUCACCGCCAGAUCUCGUCACUUUGCUCCGCCUCUCUCCAUCACAGUGAACAGAAAGGUCUUCUACUCCUUGAGAACACCUCAGCUACAUGGAAUUUCAACUCUAAAUCCAAGAAAUUAAGGGCUCUCUUGCUGAACCUAGAAGCCUCAGUUCUCAGUCCAGACAACCCACACAUCAACUCCAGCUUGAUGGAAUCUGAUGACCAGCGAUUCAGACCCAGUUCUGACAAAGCGUAUUGGAUCCCGCACGGUGAUCAAGUAUCGAAAGAUGUUUCUCAAGUUUCAUGCUUCAAACCGAGUUACAUUAAUAGUCUCCAGGAGAAUCUCGCAGCUAUGCAGAGAGACAUGGAAGAGCUCAAGGCAAGACAAACUGAUGUGUUGAGAAGGGUCGAGAGCGAAGAGGAAACCAGAAGUAUGCAACGGACUGCACAAGUCAUGGUGAGCAAAGCGCGGGAGGGACAAAGAGUCCGUUUGAUAAACUUGAAAGGCUUUGAGUUGAGUAACUUACCGAUGCUGAAGAGCAUAUACAAGAGACAUCUGCGAUUCCCUUGUCUAAUAAAGAUUGGUGUAGAAAGCUUCCACUUAGUUCUGGGAGUUGCGUUGGUGGUGAUGAACUUGUCAUCAGUUACAGUGAUGAUCAAUGGUUCAGUGGGAAGAUAAAGCCACUGAAGAACGUUUCUUGCUCUGCUGUGAAAAGGUCAUCAUGCCCUACUAGCCAAGAGACCUGUGAAGCAAGGCGGUGCAAGUGUUCUUUAGUAUCCCUUUUGCUUACUCUGUCGAUUGCUGAGACUUCUCAAAAUGUAAGUGUUUGUAUUGUGGAGACUUGAUUGUAAUGUUUUUUGAUAAGAAAUCGCUAGAAGAUAAUUAAGCGCUUUAGAACACUGAAUGAUACC